UUGGCUCCUGGCUCUCUUUGCCCAACACCGAGGUGCCUAGCCCUAUCUCCCCAGUCCCUGGGACCCCGCUCUUAUUCCCGCUCGGCUCCCAGCCCGGCCGCGCCGCCCCCCGCAUGCUAAUGGCCGGGGCCGCCUCCUGCCCCACACAAUGCGGGCCAGGGGCGGGGGCGGGGGGACCGAAGGAGGGGGAGGGGGCGGGGGCCGGGCCCGGCCGGGGGCGGGGGGGCCGGGGCCCAGCGCAUCUCCCCCGGCCCCACGUAACGCUGACGCCCGCGCCGCCGGCCCGCCGCCCGCCCGCCCGCUCUGCCGCCGCCCCGGGCUCCCCCCUUGCCCCAGACGCUUCCACCAGAGGCUUUCCCUCCUCCCUACAAUCCCUGGCACCAAAGAAUGUGAAGUGAGCCCAUGGAGGGCUCACGUCCUCGCUCCCCGGGCGGCCCCCUUGCCCUGCCAGCCUUCGACGGCGAGCUGGACCUGCAGCGUUACUCCAACGGGCCGGGCGUGAGCGGGGGGCCGGCAGCAAUGGGAGCAGCUGGCUGGCCCGAAAGCCGAGGGGGCGGGCGGCGCUUCCCGUGCCCGGUCUGCGGGAAGCGCUUUCGCUUCAAUUCGAUUCUGGCGCUGCAUCUGCGGGCCCACCCGGGCGCCCAGCCCUUCCAGUGCCCGCACUGCGGCCACCGCACGGCCCAGAGGGCCCUGCUGCGCUUGCACUUGCGCACGCACCAGCCCGAGCGCCCGCGCAGCCCCGCCGCGCGCCUGCUGUUGGAGCUGGAGGAGCGCGCCCUGUUGCGGGAGGCCCGGCUGGGCAGCGCGCCCGGGGCGCUCCUGCAGCCUACGCCCCCGGCGGAGCUGCCCGCCCCGGCCCCGGCCCCGGCCCCGGCCCCGACUCUACCUGCCUUCCGUUGUCCCUUCUGCAAAGGCAAGUUCCGCACGGCCGCGGAGCGGGAACGCCACCUGCACAUCCUCCACCGGCCUUGGAAAUGCAACCUGUGCAGCUUCGGGUCCAGCCAGGAGGAGGAGCUGCUGCGCCACAGCCUGACGGCUCACGGCGCUCCCGAGCGCCCCUUGGCGGCCGCCUCGGCCGGGCCGCAACCCCUCCCCCUGCCCCUGCCCCUGCCCCUGUCCCUGCCCCAGCCAGAGUCCGAGUCGGCCCCGGAGCUCGAGCCCGAGCCGGAGCCGGAGCCGGAGCCCGCCCCAGCUCCAGCCACCGCCCCCGAGGAGCCUCCGGCGCCCCCAGAGUUCCGUUGUCAAGUCUGCGGCCAGAGCUUCACUCAGUCCUGGUUCCUCAAAGGCCACAUGCGCAAGCACAAGGCCUCCUUCGACCACGCGUGCCCCGUCUGCGGCCGCUGCUUCAAGGAGCCCUGGUUCCUCAAAAACCACAUGAAGGUGCACGCCAGCAAGCUGGGGGCUCUGCGCGCGCCGGGGCCCGGCUCCGCGCCUCCUCGGGCCCCGCCCCCGCCCGACCUGGGUCUGGCUUACGAGCCGCUGGGCCCGGCGCUGCUGCUGGCCCCGGCCCCGCCGCAGGGCGACCGCGGCGAGCCCCCGGGCCUGCUGGGCUACCUGAGCUUGCGAGCUGGGAAAGCCAGGCCCAACGGCGAGGGCGCCGAGCCCGCGGGCGGCCGCGGCUUCGGGGGGUUCCGCCCGCUCCCCGCCCGCGAUCGGCGCCCCCGCCUGGAGGAGCAAGAUGAGGAGGAAGAGGAGGUGGUGGUGGAAGCCGAGGACGACGGCUGGACUCGGAGCAGGGCCCUGGGGGCGCUGGCUUCCCUUCAUCGGCGGCCCGGGGAAGGCUCGGGUCAUCCUGCUCCCGCCGCGGGGGGCGCGGCCCGGUCCGCAGCCUCGCAGGAAGAGAACGGGCUGUUGGUCGGGGGAACAAGGUCUGAAGGGGGCCGGGGAGCCUCUGGCAAGGACUGCCCCUUCUGUGGAAAAUCCUUCCGUUCUGCACACCACCUCAAAGUGCAUCUGCGGGUUCAUACAGGUGAGCGCCCCUACAAGUGUCCCCACUGCGAUUACGCUGGUACCCAGUCGGGCUCCCUCAAAUAUCACCUGCAGCGCCACCAUCGAGAGCAAAGGAGUGGGGCUGGACCGGGGCCACCUCCGGAGCCUCCACCCCCACCUCAGCGGGGCUCAGCUCCAUCCCAAGGGGCCAAACCCAGUCCUGCACCCCCAACCUGGGCGGAGGGUGCCAUGGGCUCCCGCCUCCCUUCCAGCGCCACUGCCCCCUCCCGUCGUAAACCUGUGAGCCCCGGGAGGACCCUGCGCAAUGGGCGAGGUGGCGAAGCCGAGCCUCUGGACCUGUCCCUGCGGGCGGGGACCGGAGGUGAGGCCGGGGCCGGGGGCUCCCUGCACCGCUGCCUCUUCUGCCCUUUUGCCACUGGAGCUCCCGAGCUCAUGGCUUUGCAUCUGCAAGUGCAUCACAGCCGGAGGGCCCGGGGUCGCAGGCCACCCCAGUCUGCUCCCUCCCCUCCCUCCUCAGCUUGCGUCCUGUCAGGGGAGUUGACCCCCAGCCCUCCACAGGACGGGAAUGGGAGCCCUGGGCUGUCCCGACAGGGGGAGACUGCAGGGGCUGGGGUGGGAGGGCAGGAACGAUAGGGAGCCCAUUUAGGGGCAGGUAGUAUAGAGAGAGAGCGCUCACCUUGAGGGAGCGGGAAAUCACUAGAGGUAGUUGGGUAGGGCAGCCAGCAGGGGGCAGCUCGGAACCCACAUCCAGUCCUCAGGCAGAUCUGGGCAGAGCCGGGAGAAGUCAGCCUGGGAUGUGUGGGUUGGAGGGCGGUGUCCACCCUGUCCUGGGGAGAGUCACAGUGCCUUAGAGUGGCGGAGGUGGGGGGCAGAGAGCAGAUUCCGAGGGCGGGGAAGGGGACCCGGUAGAGAGGGCCACCCCACCAGUCCUUGCUGGUCCAUAGCCGUGAGAGUUUAUUUUUGUACGAGGGGGACCGUCCCACCCUCCUCCUGUCCCUAGCAGGGGUCCUGUAGACGUUGCUAUUUUUGGUACGAUCCCCGCAGACCCGGUUUUCCCCAAUAAACAGGUGUCUUAAGGCACUAGGCACUGUGUCCUUCUGUCGGCCUAUGUCCUACUGUUUGUCAGUCAACUCAGACAUUGUCCGUUGGACCCAGAGUUCCCUGGGAGCAGCCAGGACUACCAACAGAGGUGGGUGGGUAGAAGAGGACUUAAGAGGCAGCGUCUUACCCUUGGUGGUCUCACUGCCAGUCUAUAAAAAGUUUCAGAGUCAGGUUUUUUGCACCAACAGCUUUUGAUUUGUGAUGGGAGUGUGGAUGGCACCUGGCUUACUUAAAUAAUUCAGAAGAGUUAUGAUUUCAUCCUCGUGGGUACUACCUUCAGAGGGAGAUUAUAAUCAUUUCCAUGCUUUAGUAAGUAGGUACUUCAUGAGUUGCAGUGACAUCCUGCCCCCCAAAAUAAAUCGUUACCUCAUAGUCAGUCUUCUUGUGAUAAACCUCCCUGCAUUUAUCUAGCCUUAUUUGUAUGUCCUAUUAGUUAUAGGAUCAAAGCUUUGGUUGUAGAUUUAGACUGUAGAGGUCUUGUAGUUCAAGGAUUUUUCAGAUUAGAAGUCCAAAGUCAUAUAAAAUGCCUUUUUACUUAAAAUUCAGUUUUAUCCCUUCUGGCCAUGGGAAUAAUUCUGGGAAAGUGUUCAAAUUAAAGUGUUGUCUCAUUCAUUCCAAGAGACUAAGAAGAUUUCCUGUUUCCAGGAGAUGACUCCAGUAAA